UCCGUCCCCGUCUCCCCCCACCUCUGCGUCCCCUGGACUCUAUCCGGUUUCCCACCUCCUUCCCCUCCUCCCCAUCCUCUGCCCUCAGUCUUCCCUCCCCAGCCCUCCUUUUCCCUCAUCCCUCAGUCUCCCUCUUUCUUAUUUCCCUCCAAAUCCCUUCGUCUUCCCACCCGCCCCGUCCCUCCGCAGACCCCUCGUUUUCCUUCUCCCGAAGUUCCCUCCGUCCCUGGCUUUCCCCCACGCCCUCCCCCGCCCUCGCCCGGCUCCGACGCCCCGCCCGCUGGGCUCCCAGCCUCAGUUUCCUUCCCUUCCCGGCUCCUUCCUCCGCCGGCGGCCCUUCCUCGAGGGCGGAUGUGCGCCGGACGGGCGAAGGCGGUGGCGGCGGGUCGAGAGGAUCCCAGCUCUGCCCCGGAGGCCUCGGGCCACAGCCAUGCGACGCCCGAGACGAGGCCUGGGCUGGCCGCCGGGGCCACAGGAGCUCUGGAGCCCCAGGACAAUGGACACUAUCAAUAGGAACCAAGUGGGCCCUGGAAGCAAGACCCCAGCUAUGGUGCAGAAAGGACCCUUGGACCUGAUCGAAACAGGCAAAGGGCUGAAAGUGCAAACGGACAAACCCCAUCUGGUGAGCCUGGGCAGUGGGCGGCUCAGCACGGCCAUCACUCUUCUGCCGCUGGAGGAAGGGAGGACAGUGAUUGGCUCUGCAGCCAGGGACAUCUCACUGCAGGGUCCAGGCCUGGCUCCAGAGCACUGCUACAUCGAGAACCUGCGGGGCACCCUCACCCUCUACCCCUGCGGCAAUGCCUGCACUAUUGAUGGGCUCCUGGUCCGGCAGCCCACCCGACUCACUCAGGGCUGCAUGUUGUGCCUGGGUCAGUCCACCUUCCUCCGCUUUAACCACCCGGCUGAAGCCAAGUGGAUGAAGAGCAUGAUUCCGGCAGGGGGCCGGGCCCCUGGACCCCCCUACAGUCCUGGCCCGGCAGAAUCACAAAGCUUGGUGAACGGGAACCACACCCCACAGCCUGCAACCCAGGGACCCUCAGCCUGUGGCAGCCACAGUUCCCUGGUGAGCUCUAUUGAGAAGGACCUGCAGGAGAUCAUGGACUCACUGGUGCUCGAGGAGCCUGGAGCUGCUGGCAAGAAGCCUGCCGCCACUUCCCCACUGUCACCGAUGGCCAAUGGUGGCCGCUACCUGCUGUCCCCCCCGACCAGCCCCGGUGCCAUGUCCGUGGGCUCCAGCUAUGAGAACACCUCUCCAGCCUUCUCUCCGCUCUCCUCACCAGCCAGCAGCGGAAGCUGUGCCAGCCACUCCCCCAGUGGGCAGGAACCAGCCCCUUCCAUGCCCCCCCUGGUGCCUGCCCGGUCCUCUAGCUACCAUUUAGCCCUGCAGCCCUCACAGUCCCGACCCAGUGGUGCUCGCCCCUCUGAGAGCCCCCGGCUGGGCAGGAAGGGGGGUCACGAGAGGCCGCCCAGCCCUGGCCUCCGAGGUCUGCGGACAGACAGCCCUGCAGCCACUGUCUUGGCAGUGGCCUGCAGAGCCGCCGAGAGCCCCCGGGUGGGGGGGCAGUUGCCCCUGGUGGCGAUUGGCCUGAGUGAAUACCAGGCUUCCGGUGCCCGUGGCCAACCCACCAGCAUUCCUGGCAGCCCCAAGUUCCAGCCACCAGUCCCUGCUCCUCGAAACAAGAUUGGCACGCUCCAGGACCGCCCUCCCAGCCCUUUCCGGGAGCUGCCGGGCACUGAGCGGGUGUUGACAACCAGCCCCUCACGCCAGCUGGUGGGCCGAACAUUUUCCGAUGGGUCCGCUACCCGCACCCUGCAACCUCCCGAGAGCCCCCGCCUAGGCCGGCGGGGCCUGGACAGUAUGAGAGAACUGCCUCCCUUGAGCCCAUCUCUGUCCCGAAGGGCUCUCUCCCCCAUGCCCGCGCGGACCACCCCCGAUCCCAAACUAAACAGGGAAGUGGCAGAGAGUCCCCGACCCCGGCGCUGGGCAGCCCAUGGGGCUUCACCAGAGGACUUCUCCGUGACACUGGGGGCGCGGGGCCGUAGGACACGGAGCCCCUCACCCACACUAGGGGAGUCCCUGGCACCCCGCAAGGGCAGCUUCAGUGGCAGGCUGAGCCCGGCUUAUAGUCUGGGCUCGUUGACUGGGGCUUCACCCCACCAGAGCCCCCGUGCCCAGAGGAAGCUCUCCAGCGGGGACUUGCGGGUGCCUGUCACUCGGGAGCGGAAAAAUAGCAUCACAGAGAUCAGUGACAACGAGGAUGACCUCCUGGAGUACCACCGGCGGCAGCGCCAAGAGCGGCUUCGGGAGCAGGAGAUGGAGAGGCUGGAACGCCAGCGCCUGGAGACCAUCCUGAACUUAUGCGCCGAGUACAGCCGGGCCGACGGGGGACCUGAGGCCGGGGAGCUGCCCAGCAUCGGGGAGGCCGCCGCAGCCUUGGCUCUGGCCGGCCGGAGGCCCUCACGAGGCCUUGCGGGGGGCACUGGGGCCUCUGCGCGGAGCAACGAGGAGCCUGGAGGUGCCACCCAACGCCUGUGGGAGACUGUGGAGCGCUCGGAUGAGGAGAAUCUCAAAGAGGAGUGCAGUAGCACGGAGAGCACCCAGCAGGAGCACGAAGAUGCACCUAGUGCCAAGCUCCAGGGAGAGGUGCUGGCCCUGGAAGAGGAGCGGGCUCAGGUGCUGGGGCGAGUGGGGCAGCUGAAAGUCCGGGUGAAGGAGCUGGAGCAGCAGCUGCAGGAGUCGGCCCGAGAGGCUGAAAUGGAGCGGGCAUUGCUGCAGGGGGAGAGGGAAGCAGAGCGCGCGCUGCUGCAGAAGGAGCAGAAGGCGCUGGACCAGCUGCAGGAGAAGCUGGUGACCUUGGAGACGGGCAUCCAAAAGGAGAGGGACAAGGAGAGGGCGGAGCUGGCCGCGGGACGGAGGCACCUGGAGGCCCGCCAGGCGCUCUACGCCGAGCUCCAGACGCAGCUCGAUAACUGCCCCGAGUCAGUGCGGGAACAGUUACAGGAGCAGCUGAGAAGGGAGGCAGAAGCCCUGGAGACUGAGACAAAGCUCUUUGAAGACUUGGAGUUCCAGCAGCUGGAGCGGGAGAGCCGCGUGGAGGAGGAGCGCGAGCUGGCUGGCCAAGGGCUGCUCCGGAGCAAGGCCGAGCUGCUCCGGAGCAUCGCCAAGAGGAAGGAGCGCCUGGCGGUCCUGGACAGUCAGGCUGGGCAGAUCCGGUCCCAGGCUGUGCAAGAGUCAGAACGCCUAGCCCGGGAUAAGAGUGCUUCCCUGCAGCUGCUGCAAAAGGAGAAGGAGAAACUGGCUAUGUUGGAAAGAAGAUACCACUCUCUCACAGGGGGCAGGGCUUUCCCGAAGACCACGUCGACCCUCAAAGAGUACCUGACGCUUGAGCAGCUAAAGGCCAUGUGGGGCACCUCGCCUGUGCCCGCAGCACCUGCGCCAGGCCUGCCUCCCUGGGCCCCUGCCUCCCAGGACCUGGUUCCCACCACCUGCCUUCUUCCCGCGCUGCCCUCUUCCUCCUCCUUCGCUUCUAUCCCGCCUUCAGCCCAGAUGGAGAAGCUGCUGCUCCCCGCUGUAGACUUAGAGCAGUGGUACCAGGAGCUGAUGGCCGGGCUGGGGACCGGCCCCGCUGCAGCCUCCCCUCGUUCCUCCCCCCCGCCUCUGCCCGCCAAAGCUUCCCGUCAGCUGCAGGUUUACCGCUCCAAGAUGGAUGGUGAGGCCACUAGCCCCUUGCCCCGGACCCGCAGCGGCCCCCUCCCCUCUUCCUCUGGCUCUUCCUCCUCCUCCUCCCAGCUCAGCGUGGCUACCUUGGGCCGUAGCCCCUCCCCAAAGAGCACUCUACUCGCCCAGAAUGGCACAAGCAGCCUUCCUCGCAGCCUGGCAGCCACGCUGCAAGACAUUGAGACCAAGCGCCAGCUGGCCCUCCAGCAGAAGGGGCAGCAGGUGAUUGAGGAGCAGCGGCGGCGGUUGGCUGAGCUGAAGCAGAAGGCGGCGGCCGAGGCGCAGUGCCAGUGGGACGCCCUGCACGGGGCCGCGCCCUUCCCGGCCGGGCCCUUGGGCUUCCCGCAGCUCCUGCAUCACUCCAUCCUGCACCACCUGCCGGCGUCCAGGGAGCGAGGGGAGGAGGGCGAGCACGCCUACGACACGCUGAGCCUGGAGAGCUCAGACAGCAUGGAGACCAGCAUCUCUACGGGGGGCAACUCGGCCUGCUCCCCCGACACCAUGUCCAGUGCCAGCGGCCUGGAUGUGGGGAAGACGGAAGAAAUGGAGAAGAUGCUGAAAGAAGCCCAUGCGGAGAAGAGCCGGCUCAUGGAGUCGAGGGAGCGGGAGAUGGAACUGAGGCGGCAGGCCCUGGAGGAGGAGCGGAGGCGGCGGGAGCAGGUGGAACGGAGGCUGCAGGGCGAGAGCGCCCGGAGGCAUCAGCUCGUGGAGAAGGAGGUCAAGAUGCGGGAGAAGCAGUUCUCGCAGGCACGACCCCUGACCCGCUACCUGCCGAUCCGGAAGGAGGACUUUGACCUGAAGACCCACAUUGAGUCCUCAGGCCACGGUGUGGAUACCUGCAUGCAUGUGGUGCUCAGCAGCAAGGUCUGCCGUGGCUACUUGGUCAAGAUGGGUGGCAAGAUUAAAUCAUGGAAGAAGCGCUGGUUUGUCUUCGAUCGACUCAAGCGCACCCUUUCCUAUUAUGUGGACAAGCAUGAGACGAAGCUGAAAGGGGUCAUCUAUUUCCAGGCCAUCGAGGAAGUGUACUAUGACCACCUGCGCAGUGCAGCCAAGAAGAGGUUUCUCAGCUUCACUAUGGUGUCUGAGAGCCCAAACCCGGCCCUCACCUUCUGUGUGAAGACCCACGACCGGCUGUACUACAUGGUGGCCCCAUCCGCAGAGGCCAUGCGCAUCUGGAUGGAUGUCAUCGUCACCGGGGCGGAGGGCUACACCCAGUUCAUGAACUGACCGAAUGGGCCUCGUGGACCCUCAGGCCGGCCCAGGACCCAGGCCCAACUGCCUGCUGCUCCACUCGCCCCUGGAGACAGUCACGCCCUGGGCCUCAGGCCUCACACAAGUGCUCCCAGAGGCCCUGGAGGGCGGAGCACGACUGGGGUUUUGUACAAGAAGUGACUUUGUAAUGUUCUGUAAGGAGCUCGUCCUGUGAGUUUCUGAGCUCCAGCCCCCUAAAGAACCAGCCAGGAGAUAAAAGUUGGGGAGGGGGCUUUGCUGCCUCCUGGGAGCCCAGAACUUGCAAUAACCCUUCAGGGUCCUGCCCCAGGCCCAGCCAGGCUGAGGAGCUGUCACAGAGGGGCCCCUCCGCUCUGACCUGGCACCUGUGCUCCCCAGCCUAUGUUCUCUUUUGUAAAGGACUAAUUAUGGUACCAGAAGCUGCCAAAGAUCCCCUCUUGCCUCAGCCCCCUUUGCAGGGGCCUUGGGGGCUGAGCAGAGCCACAUUCAGAGUGGGGUAACAGCUCAGGCGGUGUACUUCUCAAACCCCGCUCUACCCCAUUGUUGUCCUGCGUUUAUAUUUUUUAUUACUUUGCUGAAGGGCCAGAGACCGGAAGUGUCAUCCUUGAGGUCCCAGCUCUAUCACCUUUUUACAGACCCAUCACCAUGGUCACCACAGUGAUGGCUUCAUCGCCAUGGUUACAUACUAAUUGCCGUGGCUCCGUGGCUCAGCCCACUGCUUCAGCGGUGGGCCUGUCUGCGGGUAUGUGCCAUCAUCUCUCCAGCCCAGGCCCUUGGGCAUCUCCUGCUGGGGGGAAGGGACUGAACACCUUCUCCCUGCCCCCUGCCUGCGUCUCCAGGCCCUGAUACACAGCCUGCUGGCUCCCCUGUCCAGCCCUCCCCCUUCCACUCGUGCCUUGCCUAGAGCCAGAAGGGGUGAAGCUGGGAACUAUAGACCAGAGGAGGAGCCAUUGGAUGGGAGAAGAAGCUAGAAAGCUGUCUUUGGGGUUCUGUUAUAGGGCUGAGUUUCUGACAGAGGGUUGUUCAGAUUCUCCCUGAUGGAAGUCCUGAGCAGGAGAGGAAGCAGCAGAGGGGGGUGCCCUGAGGUCUGGUUGCCCUCCCUGCAGCCUCAGAAGGGGGAUGAAAUGGAGAGCAGAGGACCAGGCCUCCAGCUGUCUGUGCUCAGCCCUUUCCGCCUUAACACUAAGCCCACCUUCCUGUCCCCUUUCCCAGCCCUGGGCCAUGGUUGCUGGGUCCAGGCUGGAUGUUUUUCAGUAUUUGUAAGCAUCUCAGCAGAACAAUAAAGCAUUUGGACUAUG